AAAUUUUCCCGCUAAAUUCACCAUCUUCUUUACUCUCUACGCUCAAACUAGGGCGCGCGUUCUCUCUCUCUCUCUCUCUCUCUCUCUCUCUCUCUCUCUCUAGCUUUCUCUCUCUAGAACUCCGAACAUGGAUAUCAGCGAAGAAGUUAGGGCGGCUCACAAGCGGGAGCUCAUGGCGUUCCUCGAGGACGGUAUUUACAUGGACGAGAUCAAAGCCAUGAUCAACCAUAAGCGCCGUCGCCUUAUCGUUAACAUUUCCGAUCUCCAUGCCUUCGGCGAUUUCGGUCCCAGGAUUCUUAGGAAUCCGAAUGAGUAUAUGCAAGCCUUUUGCGAUGCUGCCACUGAAGUUGCUAACAAAAUUGAUCCAAAGUACUUGAAGCAAGAAGAACAAGUGAAUGUGGGAUUUGAAGGUCCUUUUGUAUCUCGGCGUGUCACGCCAAGAGACUUACUGUCUGAGUUCAUAGGCUCCAUGGUCUGCGUUGAAGGAAUUGUCACCAAAUGUUCUCUUGUUAGGCCUAAAGUUGUUAAAAGUGUUCAUUUCUGUCCUACCACUGGAAGCUUCACCAAUCGUGAAUACCGUGACAUUACUUCCAAUAUGGGGUUGCCCACAGGAACUGUCUAUCCUACGAGGGAUGACAAUGGAAAUUUAUUGGUUACCGAGUAUGGGCUGUGCAAAUACAAGGAUCAUCAGACCUUGUCAAUGCAAGAAGUGCCAGAGAAUUCUGCUCCUGGUCAGCUUCCAAGAACAGUGGAUAUCAUAGUUGAAGAUGACCUUGUUGAUUCAUGCAAACCGGGAGACCGUGUGUCUAUUGUAGGGAUUUACAAAGCACUUCCCGGUAAAAGUAAGGGUAGUGUGAAUGGAGUAUUCAGGACUGUUCUCAUUGCCAACAAUGUUUCUUUGCUCAACAAGGAGGCAAAUGCACCAAUCUAUAGCCCUGAAGACUUGAAAAACAUAAAGAAAAUUGCUGAAAGAGAAGACACAUUCGACCUUCUUGGUAAUUCGCUAGCGCCAUCCAUUUAUGGACAUUCAUGGAUAAAGAAAGCAGUAAUUCUAUUAAUGCUUAGUGGAGUUGAAAAGAACUUAAAGAAUGGCACCCACUUGCGAGGUGACAUUAACAUGAUGAUGGUUGGUGAUCCUUCUGUUGCUAAGUCUCAACUUCUGAGAGCCAUUAUGAAUAUUGCACCAUUGGCAAUAUCAACUACCGGUCGAGGUUCUUCUGGUGUUGGUCUGACAGCUGCUGUUACAUCAGAUCAAGAGACAGGAGAAAGAAGGCUUGAAGCUGGUGCAAUGGUGCUUGCUGAUCGCGGAGUUGUGUGCAUUGAUGAAUUUGACAAGAUGAACGACCAAGAUCGUGUUGCUAUUCAUGAAGUUAUGGAGCAGCAGACUGUAACAAUUGCUAAAGCUGGUAUCCAUGCAUCGCUCAAUGCUCGUUGCAGUGUGGUUGCCGCAGCAAAUCCCAUAUACGGAACUUAUGACCGCUCGAUUACUCCAACCAAGAAUAUCGGACUUCCAGAUUCUCUACUUUCUCGUUUUGACUUACUGUUUAUUGUACUUGAUCAAAUGGAUGCCGAUAUUGACCGAUACAUCUCAGAGCAUGUGUUGCGUAUGCACCGGUUCCGUUCUGCAACUGAUGGAGGUGAAGCAGCCCUUGGAGGGGGUUCAAGAUACGGUAGAGAAGAGGAGGCAGAUAAUGAUUCGACUGUGUUUGUGAAGUAUAACCGAAUGCUGCAUGGGAAGAAAACAGAUAAAGGCCGAAAGCGUGAUACGCUCACCAUCAAGUUUCUGAAAAAGUACAUUCAUUACGCAAAGCAUAGGAUUCAACCAGAACUUACUGAUGAGGCAUCCGAACAAAUUGCAACUGCAUAUGCCGAACUCAGAAAUGCUGGUUCAAAUGCAAAGACUGGAGGGACACUUCCAAUUACUGCCAGAACUUUAGAAACCAUUAUUCGUCUCUCUACUGCCCAUGCUAAGUUGAAGUUGAGCAGAAAGGUUUUACAAUCAGAUGUCGAAGCUGCACUCAAAGUCUUAAACUUUGCCAUAUAUCACAAAGAAUUGACUGAGAUGGAGGAGCGUGAGAACGAAAAGGAGAAAGAAACAGAGAGCAAACGCCGAGCUGAUCGUCCCACAAAUGAUACUGAUAGACCAGACAGUGGUGCAGCCGGUAAAGGAGGUUCAACAACUGAUGCCAUGGACAUAGAUGAUGACCUUCCAACCCAAUCUGUUGAUGAACUUUCUCCAGAGAGAAUAGAAGCAUUCAAUUCUAUAUUCGGCCAGCAUAUGCGUACCAAUCACUUGGAUGCAUUAUCCAUCGACGGUAUAGAGGAGGCUGUCAACUCCAGGAUCGAUGUCCGCUUCACAAGAGCAGAGAUAACAGUCCUACUAGAGAAACUACAAGAGGCUAACAGAGUGAUGAUAGCGGAUGGAACGGUACAUAUGGUAUAAAUCCCGAAACUGUAUCAUUCAUUGUCUCGGUUUGAUGAUAUCGAUGAAGAUGAAAAACAAGCUCAAUUAUUUUGAAUUUAUGUCAUGUAAACCUUCCAAGUAAAAGAAGCUAACUUCAUAUCCUUGUUUUCUUGUUUAUUAUCAUUAGGUUUAGUUGUCUUAGUUUAUGAACUUAACAUACAUUUUGCUGUUUUCUAUUGCAUUGUUAACUUAGAAUGGAAUAUGGUUAUUUGAGACAAAUCUCUUAUGUCUUGUUGCACAUGGCAUUGCCAAUAUUAUACAUACCUUGGAUUACAAGAGUUU